UUUGGUUCGAAUUGAUUUGAUUCGGAUAACCCAACUGAAUUUGUUGCACGUCGAUCGACCAAUGACCAUCCUCUCACUCUCUAUUCUCUAAGCUUCUUGAAUCUUUCCUCAACUCACCGCACGCCCACCACUGAAUUUCUGGUCAUAGAUCACUUUUUCCCUCUCUCAACGCCCGCAGUUCGUAGCUGACUGAAUCAAUGGCUGCCGUCGAUACUAAAAUCUACCCUUCCCUCUCCGACCAAUAUUUACUGAAAGAGAAAGAGGACAAAUUAAAUGUGCCCAUCGAGCCAGCAGGAGAUUUAAAGACCCCUAUUGUUCAAGGUGCUGAUAUGACCUCAGAGAUUAAGCUUGAGACAGCUCCUGCGGAUUUCCGGUUCCCUACUACCAACCAGACUAGGCAUUGCUUUACCCGAUAUGUUGAAUAUCACCGGUGCAUAGCUGCAAAGGGUGACAAUGCACCUGAGUGUGACAAGUUUGCAAAGUAUUAUCGCUCCCUUUGCCCAGGCGAAUGGAUAGAUAGAUGGAACGAGCAAAGGGAGAAUGGCUCCUUUCCAGGUCCCUUGUAAGUGCCUCUCGGUCACUACCAUCGCCUUUGAUUCUUUGAAUUCAUUACAUGCAAAUGGAAUCCGGUUCAAACACAAUGAGAAUAAGUUUUGACUGUGUGCUGCUCCAACAGCUUGUAACCCAAUUUAUUGCUGAAGAGUUAAUUUCAGCUUUAUUUAUUUUUUUUUUAACUCAUAAAUUAGUCUGUAGCACCAGUUAAGAAACUUCUAAUGUCAGUUCAGAUUUUCAUACAUACAGUGGUUAAUAAGGCUCUGAUUUAUCUUACUA